AUGUUCGCCGUCGACCCGAACGAGGACACCUCGUCGGCGGUACUGGCCGGACUCGUCGCACUUUUGGUGCUGCUCGCCGCCGUUGUCUGGGUCGCGUUUUGUUUGGCCCUCCACCGGACGGCCAAGAGAAUCUCAGAAAUGAAGCGACAGAGGAGGCGACAGGUGCUAAUCGCCAACGCCAUCCAGCACGCCCUCGGCGAUAACCGUUUCAUCGGCGAUCGCUCGGCAAUGCCGGCUUAUUUAGCGUCAUUGUCUCCAACAAUGACACAACAGCUGGCCGCCGACCUGGAGCUGCGGGAUUUGCCCAGCUACGAGCAGGCGAUGAUGAUGGGGUCGACGCCGGUGUCGCCGCUCCCCGAGCCUCCGUCG